CUGCCAAGCCUGCCCAGCGCCGAGGCGAAUCAACUCUGGGAUUGGAUGGUGAGAUCCUGCCGCGCCCGCGUCGACCCCUUUCUUUGUUUAUUCGUUCACAUUUGCAUGAAGCGUAUCGACGAAUUGUAACUUUGUGACCGUCUAUCCACUUCGUACCCAUUUCUUUGCCUGGGCCAUUUGUGCUGUAACUCUAGCCUUCCUGGUCGGCUAAGCAAUUCAAAUCAAACCUUCUGCGCCCGCUAUUCAUCUGCCUCCCUGCUUCACUUUGUGCAGAGUUUCCACUUGGUGGUGCUGGUGCCGAAAACGCCACGGUUACUACCCAUCAUCCUUUUUGCCCGGUGCGCCGACAGACUAGCCCAGCACCACAACCCACAAGGUCUCAGUCGUAACUCAACCACGAAGUCAAUCCCCCUCACUUGCGACAGAUAGAGCCGAGCGAGCUGUAUAUCGACUGGUCUCGCCCCCUGAAGCUCGUCGCAAACCUGAGCAGGACGAAGCGCAAUCUGCCUCCCUACAUAAGUCGUUCAGACUUCAGCUUCAUGAUAAAAAGGAAAUACAUUGCAGGGGCAUUGUAGCUCCUUGGAUCAACAGGACUUUCUCUCGAACCACUCGACCCUCGGUCCUUGAUUUUCCGAGGUGCACUUAGCAACCGAACAUCGCCUCCCUAUCUCAGCUGUCUUUGACGAUGGCCUCAUAUGCGCUACCGACCAGUAUUCCACACUCUCAACAUGCUCCAGGCCAUAUGCAUUCCCACUCGGGUUCGCCGCCCUCUUUUGGCCACAUAAGUCAGCAUACCACGAGAAAAAGGUCGAGCCUCUGCGAGCAGCCACUCACCCAUAGCGACGACGACGAUUACCAUGGAUACAACCCCACCCAUGACCACAAUCACGACCACAAUCAUGACCACAACCAUGCCCACGAUCAUGGCGGUCACGGCCACUCGCACUCGCACUCCCGUUCACAUUCGCAUUCGCACUCUCACGACCACGCCCACGCCCACACAAAUAGCUGUUCGCACUCGCACUCUAACUCCCACUCACACAUGCAUGACAACCAUCACCAUAGCUCCCCGGAGCAGGCAAAUGGCCGAGAAAAAUCCUCCAUGUCAAUUUCGACCAACCAAGGCUUUGUGUCAUCAUCCACCCGUGGAGGGAAGCACGUACUCACGCCCUCGCAGGCGAGCUUUGAUAUCAAAUACGAUGCUCCGGCGCAAGGCGUCACGCAUGUCCAUGACCAUGGGUCUUCCGCUGAGCGAUCGAGGUUUACCAACUUAAUACUACCAUUCACAGCAAAAUGGCCUUUGUUACAUGCCAUUGUAACGGAAAAGGACUCCAGGAGGAUAUUUUACUUCAUGAGCAUCAAUUUCUCCUUCAUGAUGGUACAGGCGUUUUAUGGUUACGCCACCGACUCGCUUGGCCUUUUGAGUGACAGCAUACAUAUGCUUUUCGACUGUGUGGCGCUCGCAGUUGGCCUUUUUGCAUCUGUUGCGAGCAAAUGGGCACCCAAUGAAAGAUUUCCUUAUGGGUUCGGUAAGAUUGAGACGUUGAGCGGGUUUGCAAACGGUGUUUUUCUCAUAUUGAUCAGUGUUGAGAUCAUAUUUGAAUCGUUCGAGAGAAUCAUGGAGGGCCGUGCUACCAAGAGACUUGCCGAACUAUUCGUUGUGAGCUCGGCAGGUCUUGCAGUAAACUUAAUAGGCAUGUGGGCUUUUGGCCAUCACCAUCAUCAUGGCGGCGAUGACCAUGGUCACCACUCCCAUGGGCACUCGCAUGACCAUGCACACGACCACGACCACGGACAUGACCAUGGCCACUCACAUUCACAUGACCAUGGUCAUGGUCAUGGUCACGGGCAUAGCCACGGGGGCUGUGGAGGCCACUCGCACGACAAUGAGAACAUGAUGGGUAUCUACCUCCACGUUAUGGCCGACACGCUAGGCAGUGCGGCCGUCAUCGUAUCGACCGCCCUGACCUACUAUUGGCCCUGGUCCGGCUGGGAUCCGCUAGCAUCCUUCUUGAUCGCUGUGCUGAUCCUCGGCUCGGCCAUGCCGUUGGUUAGCUCUUCAGCACGUCGGCUGCUCCUCACGGUCCCGGAUCGGGUUGAGUACGGUCUGCGGGAUACGCUGUCUGGCAUCACAGGAUUGCGUGGUGUUGCCAACUACGCGGUUCCCAAAUUCUGGAUGGAUGACCGCAGCGGCGGUGAUAAUCACACAGCCCCAGGGGAUCAUCUGCUGGGCGUCAUGCACGUGACAGCAGUCCGUGGGGCGGACAUGGAAGACGUUGGAAAACGCGUUCGGUCAUAUCUUGCGGCGAAGGGGAUCGAUAUCACGGUGCAGGUCGAAAGAGAAGGCGACCCAAGCUGCUGGUGCGGCCUGAACAGGACAAUGCCCGGCCAAGGGCCUGCAGGCGGACACAAGCCGAGCUAUAGUGUGCUUUAGACGGUGUAGAUGCUAUAUGCAUAUCCGAUGUAGCUUGCGCUACCAUUUGUUUGUGCAAGAUAAGAGGGAUAUUGCUGGAUACGCAAAAAGGAGGGCCAUCUGAUGCAUGAAAUAUUUCCUUUUUAGAACAUGAUGGCCAAUUAGCAGUGGAUGUACAAACUUUUAGGUUACUUGACCGGCUAAAACCUUUGGCUGUCCAGAUUGUUUAUUGUAAAUAUAGUAGAAAGUGAGGGUUUUUUUUUGGAGGCGGAACUACCCGUGAACUGUGGGUAGCGCAGGGGUGAAAGUCAAGCGCUUGCUCUCCUGUAUGACUUAAAUAGUCUUGUCAUCCCAUGGCUGCCGAGGUUUGUACCACAAUCGAUUCUGUGCGGCCUUGUUCCGCUCAAAUGUGGAUGACUUGGUGGGUAGCCGUUGCAUGUACGGUAGUCUGUUGUUUUGUUCAGUUGGGAAGUACAUGGGAUGAUAAAAUGGUGCAUGUUCGGAUUUUUGACAUUCUGCACUUGGAUAGAUAAGUGUCAAGUUUUAAUGCAAUAAUUACAUAG